AGGAGGAGGAGGAGGAGAAGGAGGGGGAGUCCCGGCGGCGGGAUGAGGCCGGGCUGAGCGAUGUGCGAGCAGGCAGCGCGGUACUGCCGGGCCGGGGUGCAGAAGCUGCUGCGGAAGCCGGCGCCGGCGCUGCGCGGGCUGGACGGGCUGCUGCGCUGGGCGGCCGGCAGGAUGGGCGACAAGGGCCUCGCCGAGAGGGAGCUGCUCGCCCCGGGCGCCGCCGCCGCCCAGAGGAAGGGCACCUCCGUCAUCCUCGAUAUUUUCAGAAGAGCUGACAAAAAUGAUGAUGGGAAGCUGUCCCUGGAGGAGUUCCAGGCCUUCUUUUCUGAUGGGACACUCAACGAGGAAGAACUUGAGAAGCUCUUUCAUACCAUUGACUCAGACAACACUAACAAUGUGGACACCAAGGAGCUGUGUGACUAUUUUGCUGACCAUAUGGGAGACUAUGAGGAUGUUUUGGCCUCCCUGGAGAUGCUGAACCUUUCCAUCCUGAAGGCCAUGGACUACACCAAACGGGUGUAUGAGAGCGGCAGCAACGUGGACCAGUUCGUGACCCGCUUCCUGCUGAAGGAGACGGCGAACCAGACCCAGUCACUGCUGAGCUCCGUGGAGAGUGCUGUGGAUGCCAUCGACGAGCAAACCAACCCCGCCAGACACUACCCCAGCAAGGAUGGUCACGGCCUGAGUGACACCUGGUAUGACAACCCUGUCCCCAGCUACUCUCCCACCACCUGGAUGGUCCCUAGGGAGCAAGGAAAGAGCUUCCAGGCUGGUUCCCCUGACACCAAGGCAGAGGGGCUGGAGGGGCAGAUCAACAGGCUGGCCAAGCUGAUUGGCAAGCUGGAGGACAAGACCCUCUGGUUUGACCUGCACCAGCGGCUGUCGGACAGCGAGAGCACGGCCUGCACGUACCUGCUCCUGGUGAGGAACGAGAUGACGGUGUCACACAAGCACCUGGGCGAAUUCUGCAGCUCCCUGAAGCAGUACCUGAAGAGCGUGGCCGGGGAGCGGGACUGCUUCCACGUCACCGCGGUGAAGCUGCCUGAUGGGGUCACCUUCAUCGUCUAUGAGUUCUGGGAGACCGAGGAGGACUGGAAGAGGCACCUGCAGAGUGCCACCUGCAAGGGCUUCCAGCACGUCAAGGUGGACACGCUCAGCCAGCCUGAGGCCAUCUCCAGCGUGGCUGUGCCAGCUGCCUGGUGCACCCUGAGCCGAGAGUGACACUCAGUGCCGGGGCCUGCCAGCACCUGUCCCCUCUGCGGGGUGGCCAUGCCUGGAGGAGGUGCCCGUGUGACCCGGCUGCAGUGAAGGAAACUCCCAUGUGUGUGUCCCCCACCCCAGAGAGUCCUCCCUCAGCUCCCCACCACCUGGGGCAUCUCUCCAUGGUGUGGGUGGUCUUGGGGGAAAGAAGGACUGCCAGGGGAGGGGCUGGCAGGGUUUGGGGAGGGGGACAUCCCCCAGACAUAGGUAGGCAGGGAGGGGGGCAACGAGUGCAGGCAGGCAGGCACUAGGAAGGAGGGAUGGGAGUGGGAGGCUGGAGCCCCCCAUGAAAGCAGGGAGGAGGUUGGGGGUCUGUGCAAGUCCCUAGGGGCCACCCCGGGAAGAGACUGGGGGGUUGAGGCUGUGCCUGGUGUGUGUGUGCCUGCAGGGAUGGGGACCCCUGCCCCAGGGGGAGUCAGGGUGGUGGCAGAGGGGGGGUUUCCCUUCUCCCUUAAGGUGCCCCUUAGUCCUUUCCAGCUGUGGGGGGUCCCCAGGGGUUUCCUUUGCAUGUGCACAGUUGCAGCUGGUGCCUUGUAGGCAUGAGGGUGGCUGCCUCCCCUCCUUCCUCCCUUCCAGGGGUCUGUACUUUGUCUGUGUGUCUGUCUGUCUGUGCCAAUCCCACACCCACCUCGCUGAGCGUGGGGGUCCCUCAGAGUGUGUGGCACAGGACCUUUGCCAAUACCCUCUCCUGUCUUUAUUAGCCACUGUACAACGGGGACAGUGAUGCCAAAUAAAACCGCCAUGGGAUCCA